CAGUAUUUUUGUCUGCUACUUGGCUAACCUGAUCUGGGCACACAUGGGGCUCAGGGGCUGCAAAUAAAUGACUCGGCCUCUGACCAGUAACCUAGCUGAGAUCUGUGUGGGGACAAAUUGCCUGUUUGUUGCGGGCAGUCUGCACGGCCUCUGUGGGAGCAGGAGGCAACUGGCCUGUGGCCCCUGCGGGCUUGGCAGGUGGAAAACAACUGAAUGAAGGAGCCAUUCCUGGAAGAGGCGCCGGUGUGGGCUGGACCUGGCUGCUUGUUUCUUCUGUCACACUUUGCUUUGUGCUUUGAGAUGAGAGAGGAGAGAUGCAGAAUGGCACGCUGAGGUUACAGUUGCACAGUUAUUUAUUCGCAGCUCUUAUGGAGAGGGAGCAACAGAGGAGGUUGAAGUGGCGUCUGAAGCCUGUUUAUUUUGGGAUCAUUUCUUGUUCCACAUGCCCCGACCCAGGAUGUCCCUGUUUUGAUGGGGUGAAUGUGGGAAGGCUGCUGGGAGCUCAUGCGUGUGUUCCAAAUGCCCCCUGCCCCAGGGCAGUGAACCGUUCUGCCACUCUCUGGCAUCUGGGAGCAACCCUGUAGGAAGCAACCAGUGACUGCUUUCUCUACGCGGCCACUGCUGUCAUGGUCACCCAGUGAUGAGUGAAUUCACAUUCACCAACUUCUGUUGUGCAUCCCGUGUGACAGGUGAGGACCUCGUUGCUCUCACACUGAGGGUGGGCGUCACCCACCUGGCCCCUAUUACUAAGUCAGAGGACUUCCCACCAGGCGUGCACACCCGCUUGGCUGCAGCUGCAAUCCCCGAGGCAGGCUGCCAGGACUCACCUGUCUAUUUAAGUGGCCUGUGCUGAAUGCAUUCAUUCUGGGAAGAGGCUCCCUGGGGCUGGGCCCUGCAGGACAGGGCGCUCAGCUAGCCAGGGACCCUCUCCCAGCAUGCAGGGCCAUAUGCCCUGGAGGCACUGUGGACAGUGCCUGGCAUUCUGGUCUGGAUGUCUGCCUACAUGCCCUGGGCCAGCUCCUGAGAAGGGCUUGUCCUUGGUGGGGUUGAGAAUGUUUUUCAGUUAUAGAUAAAAUCCACCCAUUCCUUACAAGGAAGAAGGGGGCCCCAGCAGACGUAAUCAGCUGUUCCCCAUGGCAUCUGGGAACCAGACCUCUGUGACCCUCUUCAUCCUGCAGAGCUUCACCGACGACCCCUGGCUCCGGGCUGCCCUCUUCUGCCUCUUCUUGGCCCUGUUUGCCGUGGCCCUAGCUGGCAAUGGGCUGAUUAUUGCCGCCAUCCGCUGCAGCCCCAACCUCCACACCCCCAUGUACUUCUUCCUGGUCAACCUGGCCAUGCUGGACAUGAUCUGCACCCUGUCCAUCCUCCCCAAGGUCCUGCAGAGCCUGGUCGGUGAGAGCACCAUCACCUUCUGGGGCUGCCUCAGCCAGAUGUUCUUCUUCACCUGGUCGCUGAGCUCGGAGCUGCUUCUCUUCACCGCCAUGGCCUACGACCGCUACCUGGCCAUCUGCCGCCCUCUGCAUUAUGGUGCCCUGAUGAGCGUGAGGGUCUGCCUCACCCUGGCCAUCUUUGUGUGGUCCAUAGGGUCACUCAAUGCCUUCGUGCUCACAGGCCUGGUGCUGCGUCUGUCCUUCUGUGGCCCCCAGCUAAUUGCACACUUCUUCUGUGAGGUCCCACCGGUGCUGCUGCUCUCCUGCAGCCCGACUUUCAUUAACGAUGUGAUGACCAUCAUUGCUGACAUGUUCCUCUCCGGGAUGAACUUCCUGCUCACCAUGUCUUCUUACGGCUUCAUCAUCGCCAGCAUCCUGCGUAUCCGCUCAGCAGAGGGCAAGAGGAGGGCCUUCUCCACCUGCUCCUCCCACCUCGUGGUGGUCUCUGUGUACUACUCCACCGUGCUCUACACCUACAUCCGCCCGGGCCUGGGGUCUGCUGGGCUCCUGGACAAGGCUGUUGCCGUACUGUAUACCAUUGUGACUCCCACUCUCAACCCCCUUAUUUACACCCUGAGAAACAAGGAAUUCAAAGCAUCCCUUAGAAAACUCUUGCUGUUCUUCACCAAGUGACUCGUGAAGAGGAUGCAAAAGGUCUGAACUUCAGAAGCAAUGGGACCACAGCCUGAGAAAUCCCACUCAAGUUUGUCCAAAGGGCUCCAUAUGUAGAAAGUGGUCACUCUUUGUACUUUAUUUAAAAGUGAUUCAUUAACCUUAAAUGUUUGCUAAGCCUUGCACAGUAAUAGAAUAACCAUUUGCACAUUCAGUUCUCUUCACCACUAAAAUAUUUCUUAGACUCAUUUCAUCAAAUCCCACUGUUUGCUAAAGCACAAAUACAAGUGCAUUUCAAUGUAAGUCCCUUUAAAUGUCUCAGGCCACACAAGCAAUAAAACAUGGCCAAAUUGUCACAGUGAUGACACACAUGCUACACCAUGCUUGAACCUGCUGUAAAAUUCUUGAUGUUGUACAUGUGGUUGCCUUUUCAUCUUUUCCAUUUUUAUUUCAUAUUUAUCUAGGGUUUCAUUCACUGCGUAGUCCUGAAAAGGAAAACUACCCUUAGCAACCAGAAGUGUCGCCAGUCUGAGCUUCCCGCCCUCUGAUUUUUCAGACCCUGGUCUGAUGGCAGUGCCCAGGAUGCUCGGGCCCAAGCACCCAGCCUCUUCCUAGGGCUGCUUCCUGCCAGGGGCUCACUGUCUUCCUGGCUUUGGCAGGAGGUUUUGUGCCCCAUGACUGUCCUGUGUGACAAGCUACAUGUGAUAUGUGAUGUCAGCACAACUCCUGUCCCCAUCAGGUCUGGAUGCCUUGGCCUCACUGCAGACACGUAGACAUAGUGAGGGUCACGGUCACGUUAUCUUUCCGGGUCUCUCUCUGGCACAUCUGGCUGUGGAAAACUCUUGUAUAUCUAAAUCCCUAUGAAAUAAAGCUACUUCAAAAGUCA